AUGUUCAAAUUUACUAAUAAGGAACAGCUGAAGUGUAAGCAUGCAUUCUGCAAAGACUGUCUGCAAAUGGCAGUGCAGCACAGUGGACCAAUCUGUCCUAUAUGCAAAGAUGUGUUUGGUGUGGUGAAGGGAAACCAACCUGAUGGAACAAUGAGAUGGAGAAAACAAAACUAUGCAGACCUCCCUGGCCACAUAGAGAUCACCUACAAUAUCCCUAUAGAAUUACAGACAAAAAAUCCUCCCAAGUCUGGACAGUACUAUGUAGUAGGAACUACUAGAACAGCAUAUCUUCCAGAUAACAAGGAGGGGAAUGAAGUUCUGCAACUGCUGAAAAAAGCCUUUGAGCAGAAGCCGAUUUUCACUGUUGGAGAAUCUAGGACAACUGGGGUGGAGAAUGCAGUGACCUGGAAUGAUAUCCAUCACAAGACAUCCAUGACAGGAGGACCAGAGCAUUUUGGAUAUCCUGAUAAGACCUACCUGAGCGGAGUCAAGGAGGAGCUGAAAGCUAAAGGCAUUGAGUGA